AUGGCUUCCUCCUCCGUCUCCCUCCGUGGCGCCAUCCUCCAGCGGCCCCACCUCACGCCCCGCCCCGCCGCCCGACGCGCCUUCACGACGAGGCGCCGCGCCGUGCCCGCCAAGAUCUCCUGCGUCGGAUGGGACCCCGAGGGCAUCCUGGGCGCGCCGCAGGGCGGCCACAUCGCGCGCCUCGAGUUCCGCCGCCGCCUCGAGAGGGACUCCGAGGCGCGCGAGGCCUUCGAGCGCCAGGUGCGCGAGGAGAAGGAGCGCCGCCGCAACGAGCGCGAGGCGCGGGUGAUCCCGGACACGGACGCCGGCCUCGUCGAGUUCUUCCUCGACACCGACGCGCGCGAGAUCGAGAUCGAGAUCGGCAGGCUACGGCCAAGGCUCAGCCAGGACUUCUUCGGCCAUAUCUCGCGCGAAAUAGCACAGAUCAAAUUUGCAGUCACCAGAACAGCGGAGAUGGAAGACAGACUGAUCGAGCUGGAGGCGAUGCAGAAGGUUCUUCUUGAGGGAGUUGAGGCGUAUGACAAGUUGCAGAAGGACCUUGUUACAGCGAAAGAACGGCUCAUGAAGAUUCUUCAAUCCAGUGACAGAAAAUCGACAUUACUGGAAAUGGUGGAGCGGAAUGAGCUCAAUAUAUCCAUAUUAACACUUCUUGAUGAGAAUAUAGCAAGUGCGAAGACGAGUAAUCAGGAUGAGGCGGCUGCUUUCAUGGAGGAUGUGAGAUCAUCUCUUGUGAAAUAUAUAACAAUAUAA